AAACUAAAUGUAGGGGCAAAAACUUUGGUUUUAUUUUGCAUUUAUUUUUUUCGUUUCCAAUCAAACUGAUCGUUUUUUAAUUCUUUAAAAAAAAAGGAAAACAAUUUCUUCAGCUUUUCCUGCUCUUCCAUUUUCUUCCUAGUUUUCCUAGUCUCUCUACUCCCUUUGGAUCGUAGAAUAGCAAAAGACAGCAGCUGAGCGUCAUCGAAUACCCCAGGAGAUCUCUUAUCGCCUUCUCGUCGGAUUCUCUCUCUAUCUAAGAGAGAGUAGAAAAAGCAAGGAUGAUCUGUUUGCUUAUUUGCAUCUUUUUUUCAUUUCGCAAUCAUUUCGCUUCUGAUUGAAACGAAUCCCUUUUUUUCAGUACGUCAAAAUCCUCCUCUUUCCUCAAAAGCUCAAAAAACCGCCUAUUCCAUAUGGUUCUUCUUCCUCUCACUAAAACAGAGAGAUCAAUUUGUUUGCUUCUCUGACCCCUUUGCCGUUUCGCAAUCAUUCGCUUCGUAAUCGACAGAAUCGAAUCGACUCCCUUGUUAUUAGGUACGUUAAGUACCUCCCUCCUCCAAAUCACAGAAUAGCACCGGAUCUUAAACCCUAUCUCCAUAUUUCUUCUAACUAUAGCAGAGUGAGAGAGAGAGAGCGAGAGAGAGAGAGAGAGAGAGAGAGAGAGAGAGAGAGUUGAGAGAGAGAGAGAGACAUAGAGAGAGAGAGAGACGGUGAUUCGCUUGCUUCAUUGCCUCCUCUUUCCUUUCGCAAUCAUUAUAUUGCAAUCGGAUCAAUUCCGACGUUAUUCCGCGUAGAGGUCAAAGUUCCCAAUCCAAAGCCCCGAGCAUCACGGUUCAUCCCCUGUAUUUCUUCUGCUUAUCUCACGACAAUAGGGAGAAGAGAGAGAGAAAGAGAUCGACCUAUUCGCUUCAUUUCCUGGCUAUUCGCUACGCAAACAUUUCGCUGUCAAUUAAAUUGGAUGAUUGAGCCCCGUGUUGUUAGGCAUCGGGAUUCGGAUCGGAAUUGAAGACAUCAAGGAAUAAGGUCAUCGAACUGCCGAUUUGAUUUGAUUUAUCUGAUUCAAAGCAGAUGGGGUCGUUCAAAGGGCACGUGCUACCAGGUAGCCUCUUUCUCAUGGUGGGAGCAUGGCACGUUUGGAGCGCGGCCGUGAGGUACGCCACCGACCCGUCGAUGUUUCGCGUACAGGUUUGGAGCCCGAUGGGCGAAGGGCGAUGGCGACACCUUGAGCUUUACAUCGUCACGAUUGGAGCAUUCAUCGACAUGUGUAUCGAGCUCCUGUACUCCACCCACCUCCAAUUCUUCGUCGGCGGGGAGAAGAUCCUAAACCCUGCUCAUAUGAACGAUUUCGAGCACGGCGGCAUGCUACUAAUGUUUUUCCUCUACGGCACAGUUGCGCUUCUCUCCGUGAAAACCAGUUGGCUUGCCUUGCCGGAGGGCGCUCUCUGCCUUCUAGCUUCGGCAGCCUUCACCGCGGAGUACCUCCUCUUCUACUUCCACUCGACAGCCCACACAGGUCUCGAAGGCUAUUACCACCUCAUCCUCGUCAUCCUUAUCGGCCUCUGCAUCGCCUCCGGCAUCGUUGGCUCUCUCCUCCCUGAAAAUCUUGCCGUCGACUUCUCAAGCGGCGUCUGCAUCACUCUACAGGGCCUCUGGUUCUACCAAACCGCUUUCACUCUUUAUGGACCCAUGAUGCCGAGGGGAUGCCGACUAGACGACAAUGACAUCAAUUGCAUCACACGAGACAGUCAGGUUCGAGGACAGUUCCUGGCCAAUAUACAGCUUUUUUCCCUCGUUUUCCUGGUAUUUGUCUAUGUGAUAGGAUGCUACGCGGUUGCUGUAUCUCGGUAUGGACAUCCAGAGCUGAAGAGAUUACAUGAAGAAGAUGUGGGAGAAGGCGGCGAUAAUGGAGCAGGGAUGGUUGGGCGAUGAUGACCGACAAAAAGGUUCCUUGCAAUAUCUUUCCAUAACUCGGCCUGACAUCGCGUUUGCCACCAAUCGGGUUUGCCAGCACAUGUCCAACCUGACCGUCCAACACUACAAAGACCUCACCCGAGUGCUCCGAUACAUCAAGGGAACAAUCUCCUUUGGUUUACCACUCAAAUCCGGCGAUCUCAAGCUCCAAACCUUUACCGACGCGGACUGGGCCUCCGACAGCUCAGACAGAAAAUCUAUAUCAGGUUUCUGUACUUUCCUUGGACCCAACCUCAUCUCGUGGUCUGUCAAGAAACAAGUAACAGUGGCCAAGUCUUCUACCGAAGCAGAAUACCGUUCCCUCUCUGCCGCCACCUCGGAUGUGGUAUGGCUUAGACGUCUGGCUGCCGAACUACAAAUCCCGCAAGACUCACCGACCUCUAUACAUUGCGACAACAUUUCAGCAAUUGCCAUCGCAAAGAAUCCGGUAUUUCACGCACGGACGAAGCACAUAGAAAUUGAUUAUCAAUUCAUCAGGCAGCACAUUGCAUCUGGACACGUCGAACUCAAGCACAUCUCCUCCAUCGACCAAAUCGCCGACAUCUUCACUAAAGCCUUCUCUCCGGCUCGAUUCAGCUACCUACGAUCCAAACUAAACAUUCAAUCCACGAAUGAUUAGUUUGCGGGAGGAUAUUAGCGCAUAUUACAUUUCUGCAUCUUUAUUUUAUUUACAAUUGUAUCCUUCUCCUCUCUAUAUAUUCAGAACUGUAUCAAGCUCUAAUUAAUUGAAUUCAUAUUUUCUAAAUUUCCCGCUCUCGGUUCUCUGUCUCUCCUUCUCUCGGUUCGAUUCUUUCAAUAAGCAUUACCCAAGUAAAUGCAAUACAAUCUAUAAAUCUCAAAAUUUUUGAGGUUCUA